CAAAUUGCCAUUAAUUAGUGUUGAAACCCUUCUUCUUCAUCAUCAUCAUCUUCAUCAAAGGUCUCUGGAAAUGGAGAAUUUAAUGGGUCUGCUCAGAAUCCAUGUCUUUAGAGGUGUCAAUCUUGCUGUAAGAGACGUUGUUAGCAGUGAUCCAUAUGUCGUUUUCAAGAUGGGCAAACAGAAGUUGAAGACCCGAGUAGUGAAACAAAAUAUCAACCCAGAGUGGAACGAAGAUCUAACUCUAUCAAUCCAAGAUCCAAAUCUUCCCGUCUACUUGAUUGUAUACGACAAGGACAAGUUCUCGUUCGAUGACAGGAUGGGGGACGCGGAGUUCGACGUUCAACCGUUCAUGGAGGCGGUGAAGAUGAGAUUGAACAACCUACCAAAUGGAACCAUCAUAAGGAAGGUUCAACCAAGUAGGGAGAAUUGCUUGUCUGAAGAGAGUUGCAUAGUUUGGGGAAAUGGUCAAGUUAGUCAAAGAAUGUUUCUAAGGCUAAGAAAUGUGGAGUCUGGUGAAGUUGAGCUGCAAUUGCAAUGGAUUGAUAUUCCUGGCUCUAGGGGUAUAAAUUAAACUACUUGUGGCCUCUUAAUAUAUCCAUCCACAAUAAUUUCUACCAUUUCUAUCCUUCGGUAAAUUUGUUACGCUCGAAAUUCAAAUUAUGAUCUGGGAUUUGGAUUUGACACUU